AUGUCGUCGACCGUCUGCAUUCCAAAGACAUCACGCUGUAAUGACGGCUAUAUUUCAAAUGACACAGUCGCGCUUCCGCCAUUCAACUGCGAUGAAAUACUUAUUUACGACUCCUUCACAUUUACAGAUAUGUGUUUUUCGGCAUUUAUAACAGUUCCAGACUUAAUAGUGAAAGAUGGUGCUAAUGUUGAACUCACCAUCGGAAAGGACUAUAUUGAGUCGUUUGGGAAUGGGGUCUUUGAGAAUAACACACGAAUCACAUUAACUCUUCUGACAAUGUCGAAUCUUGUAUUUACUACAAUUCAAAUGGGAAACAACGUCAAAUUGUCUAUAAUGAACGAUUUCAAAAUUCAAAACCAGACCAUUGUGCUUGAACACAUGCAGUCGAUUGAUGUUUAUGGAAAUUUGGAAUUACACAACGUUACUAUAUCAAUUAAAGACUCUUCUUUAUUUGUGUCUGGAUCGUUACAAUUGACAAAGAGUGUGUUACUCACUUUUGGACAAUCAAGCAUUUCAGCCAAUUGUAUUUACUUGAAUUCAACUCAAUUUUCUUUUAACCAUACACUAUCAAUAUUUACAACUAUAAGCGCAGACAAGUUACUGUUUAGUGGGAAUUCCAAUGGUGAUUUACCUUCCAAUUUAAUUCUUAAAGUCGACAAAUUAUACUUAAAAGACGAUACUACAAUUAGUACCUCAUUGUUGUCAUCUAACAUCCGUACAAUCUCACUUCUUGACUUAAGUGAUAACAGUCGCCUAAAUUCAUUCAAUUUUGUGGCCAACUUAUCAUUCGUAUUAAACAUGUCCGGGUUUUCUCAAUUAGUUAUUCCGCAACAAUCAAAGUUUGUCACUUAUAUAAAAACAUCAACAUCACAUAUGUACGACAAUUCACUAAUUAUAUGUAACGCAACUUUCUCUGGAUUUUCCAUAUUCACAAUGCACAACUCUUCAAGAAUAAAAACAUAUGGUGUUUCUUUCAUUUCAUUGAUCGAUGAAUUUUAUAUGAUGGACAACUCCUCGAUUUACCUCUUUGGUUCUUCAUUUUUCUCGCCAAAUAAAAUGUGGAUGUCCAACACUUCGUAUCUGUCAAUCAAAGAGGCUUCAUCAUUUCUAUAUUUCUGUGAUACAUUCUUGGACUAUUACAAAGGAACUAUUGUGGAGAUGCGAGACGAAUCAAUUCUUGAAAUUAAUAUGAAAGAUGAUUUGCAUCAAAUAGAUGGAAUCUAUCAAGUAACUCUCUAUAAUUGGUCUCAAGUACUAGUUAAAGGUGAAGACAAAUACAAUUUCUAUAAAGUUGAGAUGUACGACAACUCUUUGUUACAAAUUGGUGAGAACAAAAAUGUCUCAAUUUGGGAACUGAAAACACAUGAUAAUAGUAACAUACAGUUCUUGAAUAACACCAGCACCACUAUUAGAUACCUUGAGACGUUUGACAACACCACUUUUUUAAUAGAUAUGGAUGCAUUUUUGUAUGAAAGAUGUACUGUAUUAGAUCAGUACUUCGACACAUGUUAUGGCUUAAUUGCAAAUUGGACUUUUCACUCAAUAAACGUCGAUUUAUUAAACAUCCAAAAUGGUAAAUCAAUUUUCAAUGUCUUUGAUGGAAUUGUGUCGUUCAGCGACACUAAUUUGACACACUUUAAACUUCCAGAGUAUAUGUGUGUGGACUUGAUGUCAUUUGCAAGUGAUGUGAAUUCAAUACCAAAGAUAACAAGGGAAGGUGUUUAUAGUGAUUUAGAAGGAAGUGUAUUAACUUACUGCCCAGUUAAUAUAUCCCAGGAAAGAGUUUGUAAAAUGAUCCAUCCCAUUUGGGAAAGUAAGAGAAAGUAUACAUACACUUUUCCAUUUGCACAGGUGCACUGCCCUUAUACUAAUUGUUUUGUCAAAACACAAUUCCGUGAGAUCAUUAUCGGAGACUUAGAAGUUCAAGCGACAUUCUUGUCUGAAGUAAAUAUCACUUUGACAACAUCUACAAAAACGCGGAAUAUAUGUGGAAAUAUUGUGUAUGUCAUAUUCCCUCAGAAAACACUAUUUGGAGCAAGUUGUGACAAUUCAAAUUUUGUGAGAAUUAGUUAUACCAGUGAAAAUGGUAUGUAUGAGUACACUUCUUUGUGUGAGUUAAACAUCAAUCAAAAAGCAUGGGAAACUCUUUUAGUGUGUGACCAAUCAAUAGCAACACAAAUAUCCAUUUUGUCAGAUAAAGACAAAGAGUGGAAUCAAGAGGACAAGUCUGAAUAUAACGAAUAUACACAGAAAAGUACAUUUAAAGGUGUUUCUGAGACUCUUACAGUUGAUGGAGUUAUAUACUCUGUUACCACAUCUACACCAAUCGUUGUUACUUUUGUUGAUCAAAUACACCCAAUCAAUUUCUCUUCCACCGUCUCUACUCGGGUUGUUGUAUUAUCAAAAAUUGGUGUAUUUUUUGAAGGUCGAUUAUGUGAGAUUAUGGUUGUAUCUGAUAAUAUAGUUUCGUGUUUAAAUUCAGUUGUCAAUGAAUGUUUGCAAAACUAUUACUUCGACAUUGAACAGCACAAAUGCCUAUCCUGUUCAUUUGACAAUUGUAAUAUUUGUAAUCAAAACAAGUGUUUGUUAUGUGAAAACCAAUAUAUACUCCAAAACACAAGUUGUAUUGCAAUGCCGAGUGGGUGUCUCAUUGCAUCUGGUAACAUAUGUCGUAAAUGUAAAACGGGAUACUCUUACAAUGACGGUGUAUGUGAGUCAACACCUUCGAUUUUGAAUUGUUUAGUUAUACGAUCAAACAAGUGUGUCCAGUGUUGUUCAGGACAAGAUAAGUAUAUUUUAGUUGAUGGGGUAUGUGUAUUGGCUACCAAUGCUGUCACAGUAAAAGUGUCAUCUAUCAUCUUAUGUGAAGAUGGCUAUUUUAAUAAUGGGAACGUGUGUUCUCCAUGUGAUGUUAUUGUGUCACAUUGUUUGAUAUGUUCAACACUAGGGUGUAUGGAAUGUGCAAAUGGAUAUUCGACCACUUCAAGUAUGACAUGUGAACCUCUUCAUUGUUUGUUAUUCGAUGCGCUUGAAACGUGUACCUUAUGUGAACAAGGUUAUGGACUUGACACCUCCAAUCGGUGUAUCAUCAAAAAGACGAAUUGUGAUAUUCAAAGUGGCUCUUCUUGUAAAAAGUGUGACUCGACUUAUUGUCUUUCGAAUGAUGGGUGUUAUCCAUUCAUCUCCAAUUGUGUUGAAUCCAAAGAUAUUGGGUGUGUGAGGUGUAAAGAUGGAUUUUACUUAAACGAGAAGUAUGUGUGUGUUCGCUGUGACGCAAAUUGUAAGACGUGUAGUACGCGUGGAAGUUUCUGCCUGUCGUGUUAUGAGAACACGUUUUUGAGUGAGUCGAAGUGUAUCAUUGCGGACGAAAUGCGAAACACGUGUUCAGCGUACACUAUAAAUGGUGUUUGUGUACGAUGCCACGAUAGAUAUUACUUGGAUAACACCACUUGUUUGAGUUGCUCGGAAUCUUGUGCCACGUGCAAUCGCGCCAACUCUUGUUUGGUGUGUAGAAGUGACAUGUUUAUGUCAGUCAACGGGGUGUGUCUUCUUCAAAGUGAAGUUAAAGGGUGUGUUGGUAAUAUUUCAAUCUCCCAUGGGUGUUUAGAGUGUGCGACUGGAUAUUACUUAAAGAAUAGGGUCUGCUAUGUAUGUGCUUCUGGGUGUUAUUCUUGUACUGACACAAACAUUUGUCUGAAAUGUAAAGACGAUUUUGUGAUGAAGAAAAUGGAAUGCGUUUCGUAUCGAACAAUAAAUCACUGUACGAGUGCAAUUGAUUCAAGAUGUACUUCAUGUGAUUUUUGGCACAAUCCAGACGUCAGUGGCUUAUUUUGUGUCUCAAGUCCAGUGUGGUGGGUUAUUGUUUUAGUCAUCAUUUUUGGUGUCUUAGUGAUAGUCAUGAUUGUGUUAACACUCAUUUGUAUUGUUGUCACAGUGUAUAAAAAAAGUGUUGCAACGCUACAAAUGGAGAGUCAAAUAUACUCCAUUAAAGACAACACGAGUUUGACUCAUGUAUUGUGUUCCAAAAUAUACACCGACGUUAAAGAACUCACAUUUGGCUCUGAAGAGAACUUACUUCCAGUCAAAGAAACCAUUGCAUGCCAAUUCAUAAUCGGCAACAAAAGCAAAAAUAAGACGUUGGUUCAAUUAAAAGGCAUUAAAAAACCAUACAAGUACACGGUCAAAGUCCAACCAGAAGUUGUAAUUCUUAAAAACAAUCAAGGCUGCACAUUCACUGCAUUUAUUAGUGUCAAUUGUUCGUGUAAAGUGGUCGACCAUAUCUCCAUCCUCUUUAACGACUUCCAAACAACUAAAAAUCACUAUGUGACAAUUCCAAUACAUGUUGAGACAAUAUUAACGACUUCAUUGGACUCUAAUGAAGUUACUAUGGCCAGCGAAGUAGGAGAAGGAAAUUUUGGACGAGUAUUCAAAGGUACAUUUCGAGGCAAUGAAGUUGCUGUGAAGGUCUUAAAGCAGUUUAAUAUCGACAAAAUAUCAUUGGCUGAAUUUAAGAAGGAAGUUGCCAUGUUAGACAAAAUGCGAUGUGACCAGAUCAUUCACUUUUAUGGGAGUAUCCGUUCAAAACAACUCAUAGCAAUCGUGACUGAAUUGGCCCCCUAUGGUUCCCUUCGCGAUAGAUUCGAGUCGACAAAUGAGUGCCAGCCGCCUAACACAUUCAAAUACAAAGUUAUGGAUGACAUCGCAAAAGCUUUGUUUUAUUUGCACAAUAAUGGGAUCAUGCACAGAGACGUGAAACCAGACAAUAUUUUAAUGUUUGAACUCCACGAAAUCACUGAUGUUAAUGCAAAGCUCGCUGACUUUGGAAUGUCAAGAAAUAUCAAUAUGCUGAUAACUGGAGUGACGUUCACAAAAGGUGUUGGCUCUCCCAUAUACAUGGCUCCUGAAAUGAUAGUGUCUAACACUUAUAAGAUCGAGGCAGAUGUCUUUGCCUUUGGUCUGUCACUUUUAGAGUGUAUGAAGUGGCGCCAAGCAUAUGAAAAGCCCGAGUUCAACUAUAUGUGGCAAGUCGCUGACUUUGUUUCAAAAGGAAAUCGGCUCGAGAGACCUCAAAAUGUCGAUGAAGACAUUUUCGACCUCGUCAAGAUGUGUUGGAGACAAGAACCAAAGGAGCGCCCGACUAUGCGAGAGGUGUUAAAUAUUUUAGACACGUUCUUAAGAAAGGCUAAGUGA